GCAGAGGCCCGAGGCCUGGCUGUUAACGCCCCUUCAAUUCCGUUUCAGGGUCUCAGAGAAUGAAGACUUUGAUCUGAGGCUGGUGGACUGAGAUCAAAAGAGUGAAGAAUCCCAGGCUCUAUUCCGGAGUCAAGGAGAGGAGUCUGAGUGCCCUCAUUGCCUGCCCUCCUGCCCACAUUAAUGCCUACUGUCCCUGACCAGUGUCACCAUGCCUCGGGGGCAAAAGAGUAAGCUUCCUGCCCGUGAGAAACGCCAUCAGGCCCGGAGCGAGGCUCAGCGUGCCCAGGAUGCUCAGGCCACUGCAGCAGAGGAAGAACAGCCCUCCACUUCCUCCUUUUCUCCUUCUGGUGGUAGUGCCCAGAGCUCCUCAGCUGCUGGGUCAGGUAGAAAAACCCAGGGGUUUCGGAAAGCCCCAUCCACUACUACUACUUCUGCAGGUGUUUCACAUACAAGAUCUGAUAAAAGUGCCAAGAGCCAAGAUGAGGAAAAACCAAGCACCUCUCAGGCACAACCCAACACUGGUCGUUACCAUAGAACCCCUCUAGAUGACACCGCGAUUCUAUUGGUGCAAUUCCUGCUGCGCAAGUAUAACAUGAGGGAGCCCAUAACAAAGGAAGACAUGAUUAAGCAUGUCAUCAAAAAGCACAAGGUGCAUUUCCGUGAGAUCCUCAGGAAAGCCUCUGAGCUAAUGGUGCUGGCCUUUGGCAUUGAUCUGAAGGAAGUCGACCCUACCAGGCACCGCUAUGCCCUUAUCAGCAAAUUGCAGCGCACCAAUGAUGACAGGCUGAGGGGUGAGGAAAUCAUGCCCCAGACCGGCCUCUUGAUGACCGUCCUCUGUGUGAUCUUCAUGAAGGGCAACUGUGCCACUGAAAAGGAUAUGUGGGAAGUGCUUAAUGUGAUGGGGAUAUAUGCUGAUAAGAAGCACUUCAUCUAUGGGGAUCCCAAGAAGCUCAUCACUGAAGAUUGGGUGCAGGAAAGGUACCUCCUGUACCGCCAGGUGUCCAACAGCAAUCCUCCAUGCCGUGAGUUCCUGUGGGGUCCAAGAGCCUACGCCGAGACCAGCAAGAUGAAAGUCCUUGAAUUCUUGGCCAAGGUCCAUGAUACCGUCCCCAGUGCCUUCCCAUCCUGGUAUGAAGAGGCUUUGCAAGAUGAGGAAGAGUGAGCCCGAGCCAGAUUUACAGCUCUGGUUCAUACUGGUGCCCUGGCCACUGGGCCUUCCAUGGCCAAUUUUGGCAGCUUCUCCCACCUGUAGUGAAACCUGAAGCACUUUCCUCACUUUGUGUUUGAAGUAGUGUGAGGGCUUAGGUGGUGCUAGCUAGAGGGGACAUAGUGCAUAUCGUACAUUCUACAUAAAUAACUUACAAAUUUAUCUCGUUGAAAGUUAUCAAAUGUUUCUGCUUUUGAAAAGUUUAAUUAGCUUCACAAUAUAUUACACAUUUGAUGCUGUUUAUGAGGUUUAAGAGUAUGAGUUUCGCUAUUUUCUAAAACAAAUUGGUAACCUUCCAUCUUAUUUAGUGAUCUGGAACAAGAAAACAUAGCACUGCAAUUGCCAUUUUUUUGGAAAUGUGAAAAAAAUUAGCAACAAAGUAGCUGGAGUCAAAAAAUUGAGAAAAAAGUAAGAUGGUCAAUUUUUGGUUUUCUUUAUUCCAUGUACUCUGCUCUUCUGUAAAAUAAAAGUUACAUGCCUGAAAUUUCUUCAUUCAAGAAUGUACGAGAAAAUAAAACAUAAUAAAUUG